GACGAACAAAGCUGCAAAAACCCGAGUAAAACCCUCAAACACCAUGAACAAGAACCUCCUAAAAGUUGCAUCUUUAGCAAUCUCCAAUUGCAGGCUUCUAUCAUCACCUAAAAUUAUACACACACCUAUACAUACAGCUUCAUCACACUUCUUGUAUCUCAGAUGCUUCACUUCUAAGAACAUCAAAAGCCCAGAUCAGCUUCCUUCUGAGUCGGGUUCGGGUCGAACCAAGAGCCCAGAUGUUGAAGAUUGUAGCAAAGAAGUACUAAAAGCACAGAUAGAAAGAUAUCUUGCGGGUGAUGCAGAAGCAAUACCUGACAUAUUCGAGGGGAUUAUGAGAAGAAAGUUAGCAGGAACACAUGAAGAGUCGGAUGAUGAAUUAAUGCAAGACAUUAGACAGAUUCCAAUUAAUAGCGCCAUGGACAAAGAUGUCAGUGAUGAAGACACAAGCGAUGAAGACACAAGUGAUGGGGAUAGCAGUGAUGCUGAUAACAUUGGUGCCAUGACUCCCGACUCAGAUGCAGAUGAAUUUUACAAGAGUGAGUAAUCUAAAGCUAGUAUAAACAACAUUUGGUACUUUGAGUUGCUUACAGAACUCAGUAGUGGACUAGUGGCCUUCCAUUUGCUGUUCUGCUGGAAAUCCGGGUUAAUGCCAUUGUAGGUGCUUGAUUUUAUUGUUUUUUCUCAAUUAUAUAAAAAAGCUGAGAGUGUACGAGGGGUUAGAUUCAUGAUCAUAAAUCAUGCACCGCACCUCCACCACCAAAAUUACUCCUGUUAA